UCGUUGACGUCUCUCUCUCACGCGCUCUGCGACUUUAGGUCUGUGAUUUUGCUGACUCCAUUCGAAACCGCUUCGGACCCCCUCUCUCUCUCUUAAAAAAAACCCAUAUGUAGACGCCUUCUUAUGUAUCACCAAAAAUCCUACAAACUGGAGACCUCUUCUUUUCCUUUCUCUCUCUAAAAGGUCCAGAAGAAAAAAGAAUUUCUCCUGUCACCAUGCCUGGAAAGGAUAUGACCUCCAAAAUUGGAAUGCCACCUUUAGAUGUUUCUAUUGCAUUUCCUCAGGCAACAUCAGCAUCUGUCUUUCCUCCUUCCGUCUCAGACUAUUAUCAGUUUGAUGAUUUAUUGACUCCUGAAGAAAGAACCAUCCGAAGAUAUGUGAGAAAGCUUGUUGAAAAGGAAAUAGCACCAGAGAUGGUAAAGUUUUGGGAGAAAGCAGAGUUCCCAUUUCAUCUUGUACCCAAGCUUGCUGCACUCCGUAUCGCUGGUGGUACGAUUAAGGGUUAUGGGUGUCCAGGGCUCUCCAUUACUGCAAGUGCUCUUGCUAUAGCUGAAGUUGCUAGGGUUGAUGCAAGCUGUUCUACAUUUAUUCUGGUUCAUUCCUCCUUGGCCAUGCUAACAAUUGCUCUAUGUGGUUCUGAGGAUCAAAAGCAUAAAUAUUUACCCUCAUUGGCUCGUUUUGAUACAAUUGCCUGCUGGGCUUUAACUGAGCCUGAUUAUGGAAGUGAUGCUAGUUCCUUAUCGACAACAGCAACAAAGGUACCUGGUGGUUGGCUGCUUGAUGGUCAGAAACGCUGGAUAGGGAACAGCACAUUUGCAGAUGUCUUGGUUGUCUUUGCUAGAAACAUGAGCACUAACCAGAUCAAUGGAUAUAUUGUAAAGAAAGGGACAGCUGGACUAAAGGUAUCUAAGAUUGAAAACAAAAUUGGCCUGAGGAUUGUUCAGAAUGGUGACAUCCUUUUGCAGAAGGUCUUUGUUCCAGAUGAGGACUGGUUGCCUGGAGUCAAUUCUUUUAAAGAUACAAGCAAGGUGCUUGCCGUUUCACGUGUGAUGGUUGCAUGGCAACCUAUUGGGAUAGCAAUGGGUGUAUAUGAUAUGUGUCAUAGAUAUUUGCAAGAGAGGAAACAGUUUGGAGUACCAUUGGCAUCUUUUCAGAUUAAUCAAGAAAAGCUUGUUCGUAUGUUGGGUAACAUUCAAGGAAUGUUUCUUGUUGGUUGGCGUUUAUGCAAGCUGUAUGAAACUGAAAAGAUGACUCCUGGUCAUGCUAGCUUAGGCAAGGCUUGGACUUCCUUGAAGGCUAGAGAGACUGUUUCUCUUGCACGGGAACUACUUGGUGGUAAUGGAAUUGUAGCUGAUUUUCUGGUGGCCAAGGCUUUCUGUGAUCUGGAGCCUAUUUUCUCAUAUGAAGGCACAUAUGAAAUCAAUAGUUUGGUGACAGGAAGAGAAAUUACAGGAAUAGCGAGCUUCAAACCUGCUGCGGUUGCUAGAAGAAGUAGCUUGUAAGAAACAAUUACAUCUUCCAACCAGGGGUAACUUCAUGGUAACCGCAAGACAUGAAAAGAAUAAUUACUGUACCAGUCUGCAACCUGGCAAUAAUAAUGGAAACAAUGGAAACUCAGUGCA